AUGUUUCCUCCUUCCUUUAUAUCUUUGUUGUUUUACCUCAACAGUUUCCAAUGCACCAAGAACAAUGGAACAAGAUUGUGGUGUUUUUACAGCAGAUUGUGUUGUCCUCUGUUGCUGCUGUGAGUGCUUUAUCCUACAAUUCUUUAUCUUCGUCUUCUACAAGAUGCCUUCUAAAGUUGCUCAAAAGAUGAAGAGGUUUGUCAUCAGGAGGCUGCUCAGAGGAAAGAAAAGAAGAUUGCUGCCUGCAAAGAAUAAGGAUUGCAGAGAAGAGGAGCGUUUGCCUGGUGAUGAUGUCUCCAGAGUUAGUUGCAUGGAAGAUAUUGAGGAGAUGUUGCAUGAACUCUCCAUGGAGGGAGAGUUUGUAUUUGGGAGUUUCUGGCGUCAAGGAGAGACUACAAACGAUUUAGACUUCGGAAACUCACAAUAUGAAAUAGAAGAAACCAAUGAUCAUCCUUUGUCAUUGCUCAUUGCACAAGAUGUCUUAAGAGGACACAAAGCGGUAUAUAACUUCCUUAUACACUCUUCAUUGCUCUAAGAAUGACACUAUAGAUUU